UAUAGCAUGCUAGCUGCACUGCUUUGCUAACACUUGUAUCAGGUGUGAGGUGUUUGUUUAUAAACAGGAAUUAACGGUUUAUUUUUCCUUUAAUUUAUACUCAUUAUUACAGAGAGGUCAUUAUAACUGUUCUGUGAACCCUAAUGGAGUUGGAGUUGCUAAUGAUUGAGUAGCUGAGGUUUUUUAGCUAAUCUUAUCAGUAUAAAAACGCGAUGUGAAGACUGAGAAUUAGAGGUAGAGGAACAUCACGCUCUGCGAGGAACAUCGAAACAUCUCGCUCUGCGAGGAACAUCGAAACAUCUCGCUCUGCGAGGAACAUCGAAACAUCUCGCUCUGCGAGGAACAUCGAAACAUCUCGCUCUGCGAGGAACAUCGCGCUCUGCGAGGAACAUCGAAACAUCUCGCUCUGCGAAGAACAUCAGCUCUGAGAGGAACAUCGAAACAUCUCGCUUUGCGAGGAACAUCGAAACAUCUCGCUCUGCGAAGAACAUCAGCUCCGAGAAACAUCACACUCUGUGAGGAACCAAGAACAGAAGACUCCGGACACUGCUGAAAGAAGAAGGAAAUGCAGCUGAGCAGCUCCAGCAGUGGCAGCAGUCUCGGUGACGGAUCAGACGCUGUUAAAGAUGAAGACUUCCUGUACUGUGAGGUCUGUAAAUCCUCCUUCGUGAAGGAGUGUGAGGUUCACGGGCCGCCUCUCUUCAUCCCUGAUACCCCUGUUCCCAUGGGGGUUGCUGAUCGAGCCAGACAAACCCUUCCAGCUGGUCUAGAAGUUCGGAAGUCCAGUAUUCCUGACUCGGGCCUGGGAGUGUUCAGUAAAGGGGAAACGGUUCCGGUUGGUGCUCACUUCGGGCCGUAUCAGGGCGAGCUGGUGGACAGAGAGGAAGCCAGCGCCUACUCUUGGGUGAUAAGCAGGAGCAGACAGUGUGAAGAAUACAUAGAUGCCAGAAACGAGAAUCGUGCUAACUGGAUGAGGUACGUAAAUUGUGCUCGUAAUGAAGAAGAGCAGAAUCUGGUGGCGUUCCAGUAUCGAGGAGGAAUUCUCUACCGCUGCUGUCAACCCAUCAAACCAGGACAAGAGCUCCUGGUGUGGUACGAAGAAGAGUAUUCCAAAGAUCACGACUUUACUUUGGAUUUCCUCAAGAAGAAAAAGUGCUCCGACGAUGAAAUGAAAGACACCUUAUUAUUGCAAGUCUUCUCCUGCUCCUUGUGUUCACUUUCCUAUUCAAGCCGAAUUUACCUCGACAACCACAUGAGGAGAUGCCACAAUGAGGAAUUUGUGAGACAGCAAAAAUCGGGACAGAUUAAAUAUGACGAUGAUGAUGAUGAUGAUAAUAAUAAUAAUAAUAAUAAUCUGAAGGCUGCAGAAAAGUCCACCAGUCAGCAAAUCUCUUCAUGUAGUCUCUCUCAUGGCCAGAAUCAGGAAGAGGUUUAUCACUGCUCCGAGUGUGGAAAGAGUUUUACUUCCCAGAGUAAUCUCAGGCGACACCAGCGCGUCCACACCGCAGAGAAACCAUAUGACUGCUCACAGUGUGGGAAGAGUUUUACAGAACAGCGUGCUCUCCAGCAACACCAGCUCCUCCACACAGGAGUAAAAUCAUAUCACUGCUCACAGUGUGGAAAGACUUUCAAUCACCUGAGCAAUUUCCAGCGACACCAGCGCGUCCACACGGGAGAGAAGCCAUUUCCCUGCUCUCAGUGCGGAAAGAGUUUUACUCAGAAGAGCCAUCUCAAACUGCAUCAGCGCAUUCACACGGGAGAGAAACCGUUUCAGUGCUCAGAGUGCGGGAAGAGUUUUACUCACCACUAUCCUCUCCAACAGCACGAGCGUACUCACACCGGAGAGAAGCCGUAUCACUGCUCGUACUGCGGGAGGAGUUUCAAUCAUCAGAGCUCUCUCAAAGAGCACCAGCGCAUCCACACGGGGGAGAAGCCGUACCGCUGCUCGGAGUGCGGCAAGAGCUUUACUCGCCUGAAGGGGCUCCAGCAGCACCAGCACACUCACACCGGAGAGAAACCGUUUCACUGCCGACAGUGUGGGAAGAGCUUCACGGAGCAGAGGACGCUCCGACGACACCAGCGCAUUCACACCGGAGAGAAACCGUAUCGCUGCUCUCAGUGCGGAAAGAGUUUCACUUACGACAGCAGUCUGCAGCGACAUCAGCAGGUCCACACCGGCGUGAAGCCGUAUUACUGCUUACAGUGCGGAAAGACCUUCACUCACCAGAGCGGUCUGCAGAGACACCAGCGCAUUCACACGGGAGAGAAGCCGUACCGCUGCUCACUGUGCGGCAAGAGCUUUACUCAAAACAGUCAUCGUAAACAACACGAGCGUCUUCACGCAGGGGGCAGUCUCGAUUACUCAAGCACCCUUAAGGCACAUAACUGUCCUAAUACGGAGAUGUGAUAAGAGCCGUAAUAUCAUAUCCAGUGUGGGGUCGGAAACUAGGACUACAGCAGGGCUUCUCAACCUUUCUUUGGCCAGAGACGCCAUUUUAAAGGUUCAGAGUUCUUGUAUUUUGUAGAGUUUCUAGCUUGAAAACAAGACCAUAAGCUAAUUUUUAUUUUAAAUAGCCGUUCUGCGUGCUGUCUCUGUCAGGCGUAAAGGCCACGUUCAUUAACAUGACAGCGUGUUGUAUUUUAAUAACAAUAAUCCGGCACUUUUUAUUUUUUAUUAUUAUUAAAUAUUCAAUACAUCAAGUUUAUAUGCUCUCUUCCUGUGACCACAUCUGCAUCUCAGGAGACCCCGAGGGUGAGAACCUCUGUAUGUGUGUCUAUUUGAACCUACUCUCUUUUCUUUAAGUGGAAGGUGCUGGAAUAAAAAACAGCUGUACGGUUUUAAUAAAUAUGCAAAAUUUUAUUGUACACAUUAUAGAAACAGUUAAAGUGGUUCCUGGCUGCACACAGUUUGAGAACUCCUGCACUACAGUACGAGUCUGUUUGUGUUUAACGAGCAGGAAGUGCGUUAGUUUUAAUGUGUUGUUUUAGUUAAUCAUCACUUUGUCCUGUAAUCUGUUAAUGUCUCAUUGUUAUAAACAGAUAUUUCUUUGUUGUUUUGUUUACGCUGAUUUGAGUUAAACCAGCACGGAUGAUAGGAAACUUGUAUGUUAGCAGUGGUUCAUUAGCCUCAUGGGACCGGGUUUACACUGUGCGAAAAAUCGUGCGAUAAAUUAUAAGAAUUCUUUGGCUGAGAGAUUUGAUUGGCGAUCGUGGUACGCACGUUUAGUGUCACUCCGACCAGAAACACUCGGCACCAAAGUACGUGUGAGUGUGAGAAACUUCUGACACUGACACACAGGACUUCAGCAGUUUUCCACCAACAGGACGAGGGCAGACUCACGGCACUGCUACAGAUACCGAUAAAUCUUAUUACACAGCUAAUCUUAAAACAGUCCUGAAAUCAUACCGUGUAAAACCAGCUUCAGAUGGGAUGUGACCAGAAUCUAACCUUUUUUUUUUUUUUGUGCCUUUAUGUUUUGCUUUUGGACAGUUUGCCAGAAGACCAUCAGCAGGUAACGGUUCAAAUAAUAGAGAAUAGAAUAGAGUUUUAUUUUUAUAUUUUUGCAGACAUCAGUGACUUAACAGUCAACUGAUCAACCCAGUGGUGACAUCAACAAACUACCUGAGAUGGAGGAAGAAGAGCCAGGACUCGGCAGGGGAAGUCCAUCUUCCUCAAACUGCGUUUAAAUAAUUUUUAAAAAAUAUUUGUUUAGAAGUUCAUACUAGUUCAUAAGGUUAUUAGUGUUCUAACUAAUAUUACUGUAGAUUAAGGAGACCACUGGUCACAGUCAUCAGAUUAGAGCAAUGGCCUGAAGACCUCAUGAUGCAAGAGGGAGGAUCCAGCCAGGAGCCAGGGCUUGUAGACCUCAGGUAGGAGCAGGAACCUGUGGGCUGCAGGAGCUUGUAGACCUCAGGUAGGAGCAGGAACCUGUGGACUGCAGGAGCUUGUAGACCUCAGGUAGGAGCAGGAACCUGUGGACUGCAGGAGCUUGUAGACCUCAGGUAGGAGCAGGAACCUGUGGGCUGAAGGAGCUUGUAGACCUCAGGUAGGAGCAGGAACCCCAUGAUUGUGGAGUUAAGAUCAUCACCAUCGUAAAAACUCACCUUGCAGAAAAAAUAUUAGAACCCAGUAGAACUUUCUAGUAGUUCCAGAUCAUGUGUUUAAUGGUCUGUAAUGGUAGUUUAAUAGGUUUUGUUUCUGAUGGUUAUGAUGCACUGAUGUUCUGGUGACACUGAGCAGUAACCAGUCUCUUUCUGCAUAUUUGCCCCCUAAUAAAUAAUAUUUACACUCAGAUAAAUUGCUUACAUGAUAUAAUCACCCCUGUAUUACCACUAGAGGGCGUCGGAAUACUAAUCAUGCACCUUGGCCAGCGUAUUUGUUCACACCUGUUGAUAUAUUCAUUCACUGUCCGUAUAAAAACAACCCGUUAGUCAGCGUUUGUCAUCUUCUAGAGCGAUUCUAACGUUAGUGCUGUCUAGUUUUUUACAUUGCUCUUUCCUGCACCGUUUGUUUUGUUGUUGUUUUCCCUCUUUCUUCUGAUUGUUCUGAUGUUCUACAACACAUUGGGGUCAUCACAGCUUUGUAGGAUUGGUGCAGAGAAUUAAAACAGUAAUCUGUUCAUUAAACUGUUAUAAUGGAAUUUUAUCCUGUGUUCAGAAGUUGCUGAAAUUUUAUAUUUUAAAUACCAAACAAAUGUAUUUAUGUUGA